AACUUCCGCCUUCACUUCCCAAUAGCCCUGAAAAGAUAGCAGACGAGCGGUCGGAAGUGUUACUGAUGUAUUUGUGUAGAAAAACAGUUUAACUGUCCAAGAACGAGCCUCUGUGAAGUGUCAAAGGUGUAUAUUUAGGAGACGAAAAUGAUCCGCUUCAUCCUGAUCCAGAACCGAGCUGGGAAGACUCGACUGGCCAAAUGGUACAUGCAGUUUGACGAUGACGAGAAGCAGAAAUUAAUUGAAGAGGUUCAUGCUGUGGUGACCGUCAGGGAUGCCAAGCACACCAACUUUGUGGAGUUCCGAAACUUUAAGAUCAUAUACCGACGCUAUGCUGGACUCUACUUCUGUAUUUGUGUGGACGUGACUGAUAACAACUUGGCAUAUCUGGAAGGAAUCCACAACUUUGUAGAGGUGCUGAAUGAGUACUUCCACAACGUGUGUGAAUUGGACCUGGUGUUCAACUUCUACAAGGUGUACACGGUGGUGGAUGAGAUGUUCCUCGCCGGAGAGAUCAGGGAGACCAGUCAGACUAAGGUGCUCAAGCAGCUGCUCAUGCUGCAGUCGCUGGAGUAGAAAAGCAAAAAGGUCCCAGUCCUGUCCCAGGAGAGGACAUCCAACCAAUAGAACUUCAUAUAUUGUCAUGUUGUUGCACUGCUCAUGAAGGCUGUCCAUUUCAGGGACUUUUAAUAUUUAAGGCCCCGUGUUCGCACCAGAAGUGAGACAUCUCUUGUCCUCCAAUCAGCACUUGUGUAAUGAACAAGCACCAUCAUGAUCAGUGCCUCCUUUUCAAACAGGACUUUUAAAACCUGCCAGUGAUGUCAUAACACACUCAUUAAGAUGGAGUGAUCGCUGCAUGAGUGUGUGUUGAUACAACUGUACAGGUGAAGGUUGCAUCUUCACAAAGACAUUUCAACUAUCAUGAGGUGGUGCUCGUUUGUCGCACAUCUUAGGAAGCAGUACUGUGACGUGUUCUUAUUGGUAUGAUCUGUGCGAUGUGUCUUAAUGUUUAAUGUCAUUCCAGCAGCACGCUAUGUGUGUGCUUCACACAGUAUUUACCUGUUGAAUAAAUGUACAAGGCAUUACUUUUGGCUUUUUAAACACUAACCAGAUUCUAUCAAAUGUGGUUUCAGGUGUUUUUUGAGUAGACUAGAUGAAUAUGUACUGCUUCCUUUUGUCCACCUUUUUUUUAUUAUUAGUCUUGUCUCCCAGCACAAAUACCCACAAAUUGUCCUAUUAUAUGUAAAUAAAUAAAUACAAGAUGAAGU